CCAGCCCCAUCUUCCCCACGGUGCCCUUGUCUAAUGCCCCCAUCCUUGUCCUCCUCGCUGCCUCCCCAGACAUGCCUGCGCUCCCCUGCCUGGGGGUGGGCUGCCCAUAUCCUGCUCCAGCAGCUGCAUCUGGCGGGGGCCUGCAGAAACGGCUGUGCUUCAGCAUAUGAAAGAGAAGAGUGAUUAUGGUGUUUGUUGUGCAGGUGGAAGAAUACGGCAUCGAGUCUGAUCAAGAAAUGCAGGCAGAAUGUUGGGCUCCUGGAUAUUUUGCCAUGUGAAUUUGCCCAUGCGAUGUCUUGUUCACGGUGUACACCGCUGGAGGUGGCCUGCCUGUGGACGGAGGAAUGUUGGACAUUUCAGAAAAGGCCUACACACCACAAGAACACCAUGCAGUGGUAGGGUUACCCCCGUCUUCACCAGAGCUUUGGCUUUUGGUGAUAAAAUUGCCAUCAUUGAUCAAAAUGGAGAGCACACGUACAGGGACCUUUACACUCAAAGUGUCCACUUGUCUCAGCAAAUCUGUGAAGUGCUCAGAUGUUCCAGUGGGGACCUAAAGGGGGAGCGGAUCUCGUUUUUAUGCCCAAAUGAUGCCUCAUAUGUGAUUUCCCAGUGGGCUUCCUGGAUGAGUGGAGGCAUAGCUGUUCCCCUGUAUAAGAAACACCCAGUGCAGGAACUAGAGUAUUUCAUCCAAGACUCCCAGAGUAGUCUGGUCAUUGCCACAGAAGAGUAUGUGAAGCACAUAACCCCUAGUGCUGAGAAACUGGGAAUACCCGUUCUGCCACUUGUUAACUCUGGUAGCGAUGGAUGUAUAAAUGAUAAGACUGUGGAAGCGUUCCCCUUGGCAAUUGACUGUCCUGCGUGGAAAGAUAGAGGAGCGAUGAUAAUCUACACCAGUGGGACUACAGGAAGACCAAAAGGUGUCCUUAGUACCCAUCAGAAUGUGCAAGCUGUGGUAACAGGGCUGGUUGACAAAUGGGAGUGGACGAAGGAAGAUGUGAUCUUGCAUGUGCUGCCUUUACACCAUGUCCACGGAGUGAUCAAUAAGCUGCUGUGCCCUCUUUGGGUGGGAGCUACGUGCAUCAUGCUGUCCGAGUUUAGCCCUCAGAAGGUUUGGGAGAAGUUCUUAAGCCCCGGAGCUCCACGGAUCAGUGUCUUCAUGGCGGUCCCCACUAUUUACUCCAGGCUGAUGGAGCAUUAUGACAAGCAUUUCUCUCAGCCUCAUGUCCAGGAUUUUGUACGUGCCACGUGCCAGGAUAAUUUCAGGUUAAUGGUUUCAGGAUCAGCAGCCCUUCCUGUGCCAGUCCUGGAGAGGUGGAAGAACAUCACAGGACAUGUGCUGCUGGAGAGGUACGGGAUGACAGAGAUCGGAAUGGCACUUUCUAACCCCUUGCAUGGAGUUCGUGUCCCAGGAUCUGUGGGGACCCCGCUGCCAGGGGUGGAAGUGCGCAUUGCCACGGAGAGCUUGGGCAGGGAAGGUCCUUCCUACACCAUCCACGCUCAAGGAGAUGAACGUGACACAAAGGUGACCCCCGGCUUAGAUGGCAAAGAAGGUGAGCUUUUCGUUAAGGGGCCUACAGUAUUUCGAGAAUACUGGAAUAGACCUGAAGAAACAAAAGAAGCUUUCACAACCGAUGGCUGGUUCAAAACAGGAGACACAGCAGUGUACAAGGAGGGCACGUACUGGAUCAAGGGCCGCACCUCUGUGGACAUCAUCAAAAGCGGAGGCUAUAAAAUUAGUGCCCUGGAAGUCGAGCGCCAUCUGCUAGCACACCCUAGUAUUGCAGAUGUGGCUGUGAUAGGACCUCCAGACAUGACUUGGGGCCAGCGAGUCAGUGCUGUGGUGAAAUUGCAGGAGGGUGAAAUGCUGUCUCUCAAGGACCUGAGGGACUGGGCAAGGGAAUCCAUGGCGUACUACACCAUCCCCACAGAGCUGCUCCUGGUGGAGGAGAUCCCACGCAAUCAGAUGGGGAAAAUCAAUAAGAAGCAACUUCUCAAGCAUUUCUACCCAACCUAGUGAGGCAUCAGGCUGAGAGCAGGAGCCAACUGAAAUGGCUCCCCCACAAUGCCUGCUGCCUGAAUGGAGUCUCUUUGAGGAACUUUAAUGCAUCCUAGUGCAAUGGGUUUGCAUGAAAAUGAUACUAAUCAGGUGCUGUCAGUGAUCUCUGUGCUCAUCAUGCUGGGAUUGUCAGUCAAUAAAAUCUGGUUUCAUUUCA